UGUAAAUAAAAACAAAAGUCCACUUGUAAAUUAUUGUUGGUCGUAUUUUAUUAGUGUUUCCAUCCAAUUCCUGGCCAGAUUUUAGCAUUCUCACACUAUAGCGAAGGACUAACAUGUCUGAGGAAGUUUGGGACAGCGAAAGCCAGGACAUUCAGGAGCACAACGAAACGGUUAAAGCCCUCUCCGCCGGUCUGCUGCAGAUCUACGAACCGAAGCUUAAGGAAGUCAAAGAAAACCUCAAAGAACUGAUAAACAAGCAAAAUGAUUUGCAAAUUUCGAUGACCAGUGAAAAGAAUGCAUUCUCCAGUCAACAAACACAAGAAGUCAACGAAAUGGUGCUGAAGGUGAAAGCGUACAGAGAAAAGAUAACGCGCAUCAAAAUGCAAAUGCAUCAGAUUCAUCAGCGUACCAAGAAUCUCAGGGCAAAGGCGCUAGAAAUUCAGGAGCUCAAAGUAAACCAAUGUGCAACGAAACUGCAGCAGCUACACUACGAAGAAUCCCUCGUGGCCAGCAGCAAACGAACAUCGCGCAAGUCCUAGAGUACGCGAAAACCUGCCCUGGCCUGUGCCAGCAAAACGCACGGUCGCGCUUGGGUAGAGGUUUACAUUUGCAUAUAAAAGUUUUCUCUCUCUCAAAGCGGACAGUGCGGGGGAUUAUUGUCCCUUGGCGUAGCGCAAACAACGUGCUGGAAUGAUACGCAUGAGAGCACACACUGGAAGUGGGUCGUUUUCUUAUCGAAGCAAUAGAAUAGAAGGCUGAGGGUGUAUGAGACGUGUACCGGAAAGACGAUAGGUCAGAAUAUUUCAAUACAAUAUUAGUGUAACCGUGCCUAGAAGCAGUUGGAGAUGGGAUGGAGGAGGAUCGAGCAGUCAAAGACUGGGACAGUUAUUGCCAAACAGUAAAGACAAAAAUAAGAGGAAAAACAAAAAAAAUUGAAACCCGAAAGAUGUUUAAUAUUUUACCCCCCAACCCAAAGAAGAACCCCCUGUACUGUUGAGCAAAACAAAUGGAAUCAAUCAAAUAAAUGAAAACAAUCAAACACCGAG